AUUGCCAAAGUUGUGUAAAGUAAACGUUGAGAGUGUUCCCUGCUCUUCAAAAUGAAGCGAAGAAUCAAUAAAUCUGAAAGAAAAUUUCAGUCUGCAGGGAGAUUGCAGAAACCUAAGGAUUUAAAUGAGCAUCCAAGAGUUCAUACCAUUACAACAGAAAACAUUUUAUCUUCAACAACUACAAAGUUGAGUUGUAAACAAAGAUCUCAGUGGGUGUGGACUUGGACUAAAAUGGGACUCCUUUCAGUGUGUGUGCUUUCUGCAACAGUACCAUUUCUUCUGUAUCUCUUCUCUGACUAUGUUGACCUCAGCCGACCUUCGGAUAUAGGUCUCAAUCACACUAUAAAUAUCUACCUCAAACCAGAGGAGGGAGUGAGAGUGGGCGUGUGGUAUACCGUACCUGAACAUAGAUGGAAGGAGGCGCAGGGGCAGAAUCUAGAGUGGUAUGAGAAAGCUCUGGCGGAUGGAUCGCCAAUUUUCAUCUACCUCCAUGGCAAUGGGGGUAACAGAUCUGCACCCCACCGUAUUGGAAUUGCAAAUGUCUUGAGUGCUGUUGGAUAUCAUGUCUUGGCGUUGGACUACAGAGGUUUCGGGGACUCCACUGGGGAACCUACAGAGGCCGGUCUGAGUACUGAUGCCUUAUACUUGUAUGACUGGGUUAAGGCACGCAGUGGAAACAGCCUGGUGUGUGUGUGGGGGCACUCGCUUGGUAGUGGUGUAUCAACUAACACUGCAGUGAAAUUACUGGAGCAAGGAAAACAGUUUGAUGGAAUAAUACUUGAGGGUGCAUUCCUGACUGGGCGAGUGGCACCUAAUCAAAUUUUUGAACACCCUUUUUCCUGGUUUUAUUGGAAGUUCCCAUACAUUCAGUUUUUCCUUUUCAAUCCACUGAAAAACAACAUUGUGGAAUUUCCAAAUGAUAAGAAUUUGCAGAAAAUUAGAACUCCCAUUAUGAUUCUCCAUGCUGAAGACGACCAUUUAGUGCCCUUCACCUCGGCUCAAGAGAUUUACAGAAUCGCAAAAAAGGCCCAGAACUCCGAUGAACGGGUCAAGCUGGUACCAUUUAAAGGAUCGCUUGGAUAUCUUCAUAAUGGGCUAUAUAAAGACCCUGGUUUGCCAGAUAUCAUAAGGGAGUUUGUGCAGUCACUGAAGGCAUGAGACAGACACAUAGCAGGAGAAGGAUUCACACCAAGAAAGAUCCAGCUAAAUAGCUGUUUCCUGUAACUGGUUUUGUAACUGUAAAUUUAGAAUUGUUGAAAACAGUAUGCACUUCUUUGAUAAAAACAUUGUAACGUCUGAAGUAUAUUUUACUGAAUUUCUCCCAUUAGGGCGAAUUUAUUGUCUUGUUAUGAAUGAAAAAAUACAGUGCGGGAACUGUUUGAUGUUAAAGAGAGUUAAGCACAAUAAACUGCGAAAAAGAACCAUUUUGGUGAGUAUAUUGAUGUAAACCAUAUAUGGUUCUUAAAGGGGCAGCAGUAGUUAAUCAAACAACAAUAGAAAAAUAGAAAUCACUCACUGCUCUUUGAUUGAAUAGCUUAAGCUUUAAUAUGAAUCAAUGUAGGCUAUAUUUAAUUCAUAUUGUGAAGACUAUGCAGUGUUUUUUUUAUAUAUAUACAUUUCAUUAUUCAAUUCAUUUUGAAUAGUAGGAUACCUAGUGUCCACACUGUCGACUGCCUUUGUUGUCUGAUGUUUAAUACAUUUCCACAGCAAGUUGAAUAUGAUGCAUUUCUGUAAGCUAAUUAAUAAAACAUACCAAUGAAGACUUUGAAA